AGCGGGCGGAAGUGGAAGGCUAUUUCUCUCUGCCCCGUCUUCCCUUUCCCCCAAACCAGGAGGGCGGAAUUGGUCCUGAUCCCGCGGGGGGAGGAAUGGGACGGACUCAGAGACCGAACUACAAAUCCCACGGAAGUGGACUGUACCGGAAGCCGGGUCGAGAGGUCGCACGCACGGAGCAGGGCGGGGCUUAGCACCGGAGCAGCGCGGAGCGGCGGACCGGACCUGACCGGACCAUCAUGGCGGACCUGAUCCAGAAGAAGCUGCAGGGCGAGCUGGAGAAAUACCAGCAGCUGCAGAAAGAUCUCAGCAAGUCCAUGGCGGCGCGGCAGAAACUGGAGGCACAGUUGACUGAGAACAACAUUGUCAAGGAGGAGCUGGGGCUGCUGGAUGCGACCAACACCGUCUACAAGCUGAUUGGCCCGGUGCUGGUGAAACAGGACAUGGACGAGGCUAAAGCCACCGUCAGCAAGCGGCUGGACUACAUUGCUGGGGAGAUCAAGCGCUACGAGAUACAGAUGCAGGAGUCUGAGAAGAAGGCAGAACAGCAGCGGGAGGUGCUGGCCCGGCUGCAGCAGGAGUAUCAGCGAGCCCAGGGCAAGGGGGCUGCCAAGGCAUGAGCCAGUGCGGGGGAGGGGCUGUAUUUAAGUUUUUCACUGUUUGAAAUAAAGAGGUGAUGCACAAAC